AUGGCAGUGGAAACGAUACGGCUAAAGAUUCCCGGCCUCUCUUGUGGCUCCUGCGAGCGCAAGAUCCGCGCCCUGCUCACCGAACGCUUUGCCAGUCUGAUUGCCACCGUUGAAUAUGCUGAAGGUUCAAGCACAUCUGAUGUGACCUUUGACCUCGCCGAGAAGACGGUCACAAUUCGGCUGGCCGUGGAACGCUUCGACUACAGCCAAAUGGUGGAGGCGAUUGAGGCGCUCGAUCCGGUCAAGUACCGCUGCGAGGUGCUGCAGGCGCCAGGAGGAAUUGAAAGAGAUGUUCCAGCGGUAAAGAAGACCUCUUCAAAAAAGUCCAACUCUAGCCGCAACCCGAGCAGAUCCGCUUCGAUUACCUCAACAAUUUCCUCCAAAUCAUCAUCAUCAUCAAAGCUGAAAAAGCCUUCCUCAAAGACAAACUCUCCCAAAGCUGAAACGAAACGCAAGGCGGUGAUGACCGUGGGCGGCAUGACCUGCUCCUCCUGCGUGGCCACCAUCGAGAAUCGCCUGAACGCCGUGGAGGGCAUCUACGAGGCGGUGGUGGCGCUGAUGGCCUGCCGCGCCGAGGUCACCUACGACCCGACCGUUGCGGGAAUGACCGCCGAAGCGAUUGCCGAGAUGAUCGAAGACAUGGGCUUCACCACUUCGGCCCUGCAGACGAUCAGCUUUGGCAGUGGUGAUAAUCCUGAAGACGCCAAAACGGCGGAGAUUCAACUGGCGGUGAUGGGCGUCACCGGGGAGAGUGGCUGGGCGGCCAUCGAGGCGGCUGUGUCCGCGCUGGAGGGCGUCACCUCCGUUCAGGUGGCGCCCGAGCCACAGAGCCGAUUGACUGUCAGCUAUCAGGUGGGCGUCAUUGGGCCGCGGAAGGUGGUGGACACGAUUGGCGAGUUGGAGGGCGGCUACUCGGCCUAUCCCUCAAAUGCCGACCUGCGAGAGCGGGAGAUCAGCAUCGACCUGGUGGAGAAGGGCGACCUGCUGCGGGUGCGUCCUGGAGAGCGCAUUCCCGUCGAUGGGAAGGUCGUCGAGGGGGCGGCCCUCGUCAACGAGUCCCUCGUCACGGGGGAGUCGCUGCCGACGGCGAAGGCGCCCGGCGCCGCCCUCCUCGCCGGCAGCAUCCUCCAGAAUGGGACGCUGCUGAUGGUGGCCACCAAUGUGGGCCGCGAUACGACCCUCGCCGCCAUCGUGGCCAUGGUGCAGGAGGCGCAGGCCACGAAGGCGCCCAUUCAGGCGCUGGCGGACCGCGUGGCCGCCUUCUUCGUCCCGCUGGUGGUGGUCCUCUCCGUGCUCAGUCUGGCCGCCUGGCUCGUCCUGGGGCAGCAGCUCUUCGAGAUGAUCCAGGCGCUGAAUCCGGCCUUCUACGCGGCGAUGCCCCGCCGAGAGGUGAUCAUUCAGUUUGCCUUUCAGAUUGCACUCAGUGUGCUGACGAUUAGCUGUCCGUGUGCGCUAGGCCUGGCGACUCCUACGGCGGUGAUGGUCGGUACGGGGAUUGGUGCAAUGAACGGCAUCCUCAUUAAAGGCUCCGAGGCGUUGGAAAGUGCUCAGAAAGUGACGACGGUGGUCUUCGACA